UGCAUUUCCCUCCCUCGGUGACCAACCAACCACACGUGAACGAAAAACCCGAGUGAAAAAGUACGCAGCCAACAAUGUGCGGCGGCGCCAUCCUAGCAGAGCUGACCCCGCCGCCGGCGCGCGGUGGUGGUGCGUCGAAGCCGGUCGGCGCCAAGGGCCAAGUCUGGCCGGUGAGCUCCAAGAAGGAAGGCGGCACGAACAAGACGCGCCACGGCAGCGUCGUCGACGACUUCGAGGCUGCCUUCGAAGGCUUCCACGACGACUUCCCUGUCCUGUUCGCAUCCAAGCCUGCCUUCUCCCCAGUCCAUGGCGAUUCCGGGCGCGCCCGCGAGGCACAGGCGGCGGCAAGCUGCAGGAAGAAGAAGCGCGUCCGGGGCCUCCACGGCAUCCGGCAGCGGCCGUGGGGCAAGUGGGCGGCGGAGAUCCGCGACCCGCACAAGGGCGCCCGCGUCUGGCUCGGCACGUACGACACCGCCGACGAGGCCGCCCGGGCCUACGACGUCGCCGCCCGCCGCCUCCGCGGCAGCAAUGCCAAGCUCAACUUCCCUGCCGCGCCAGGCCGUGCGCGCCCACGCUGCGGAACCGCGCCGAAACCGCGACGCCCCACUACUGCGCAGACGGCGUGCUUCUCUGCUAUUACUGCCGCAGCAGCAGCACGCGCCCAGGAGAUCGAGCAAGAGCUGAUGCCAAUGCCAUAUUUCGACGUGGACGCGUUCCUCGACCUGGCCGCCUCCGUGGCCGAGCUGCCGCCGGUUAUAAUCGGGAGCUCCUUCGCCGACAGCGCCGGCGGUGCGGCCACGCGGGGGUUCGCCGACGAGCUGGAGUUCGACCCGUUCAUGCUGUGUGAGCUCCCCUGGUCAGAAUCGGACACAUGCGAAUCCAUCGAAGGACUCUUCGCCGGGGACGCUGUGCAGGAUGCCGGCGGCGUGAACACUGGCAUGGACAGCGUCAGCCUCUGGAGCUUCGACGAGUUCCCCAUGGACGCCGCCGCUUUCUGACGUCGCGCUCGCAGACAAGGGCCACUUCAUGAUUACUUGUUACUGAUUGAAUUAUGUUGUACUGCUUGAGUUUGCCCGUCAGAUUCCGUGUCUGUAGUAUACACUGUACUGCCCCGCCGCCUGAUCAAACUGUAUCGUACUUUCGUAGUGUUCGUCAACAGUCCUAUGAUCGAGUCGGUCAUGUUUUCGAUGCUUGUGAUUGUGAAUACUAGUACCAGAUAAGUUUGUGAACCUGGUCGUCUAGUCUAGUGUAUAUGUGUCACCUAGUCAUCCUGUCAUGUUGAGUUGGUUAUGUAAGAAGACCAUGAUUUGCUGGAUUCAGUUAAGCCUACAA